UCGGCUCUGCACACUUGGAUGAGUUCAGUUCUUCAGGAGAGCAGAGGAACCUCAGCAGCUCUUCUCGUCCCUCCGUUUCUUUAGACCUGUUGGAUUUUGGGAGGUGGUGAUGAUCGCUCCUCUUCUGAUCUUCUCUGGACUCACUCUGUGUUGGGUUCUGCUCUGAUGCGUCUGGGUUCGAUGAUUUACUGAGUAACUUUCAGCAGCUUUAAAAUCUUCUGAUUUUUGUUUUCAGUCGUACUUUUGUGUUUGAGAAGAUGUACAGCAUGCUGGACCACGAGCUGAAAAACCAAAUUCAGACGGGCGUCAUGAUGAUGCCCCUGGUGAACACAGGAGGGAUGCAGGUGACCCCCAAACCUGCAGCUGUGAGCACCCAGAACCAGAAGAGCUCGGAUCCUCUGGAUAAAGUGAAGCGGCCUAUGAACGCUUUCAUGGUUUGGUCGAGGGGUCAGAGGCGCAAGAUGUCCCAGGAGAACCCAAAAAUGCACAACUCGGAGAUCAGCAAGCGGCUCGGGGCCGAGUGGAAACUUCUCACCGACACGGAGAAGCGACCGUUCAUCGACGAGGCCAAGCGUCUGCGCGCCCUGCACAUGAAGGAGCAUCCCGACUACAAGUACAAACCCCGGCGCAAGAGCAAACCCGCGCCCAAAAAGGAGAACCCGGUCAGCGCCUUCCCGCUCAGCACCGCAAACCUGCAGGGGGGCAACGGCAGAAUGGACACUUACGGCUGGGGGGCGGCCGGGGGGUACGGGGCAGCACAGGUCGACCCGCUCGGUUACGGCCAACAGAUUCACCGGUACGACCUGUCCGGGUUCCAGUACCCGAGCGCGCAGAACUACAUGAACAGCGCCAACGCCUACAGCUCCGUGUCCUACAGCGGCGGUGCGCAGCAGCAGCUCAGCCCCGUCAUGUCCAUGGUGAAACCCGACCAGGUGUCUCCCACCUCCAGCGGCGGCGGCGCCACCCAGCCACGCCCCGCCCUACAGCCCGACCUGAGAGACAUGAUCAGCAUGUACAUCCCGACGGGCCCCGGGGACGCCGUGGACUCACACGUGCAGAGGAACUACAGCGCUAACCUGCAGCAGCACUACCUGACCAGCACCGCCCCGCUCACACACAUCUGAACCCGCCGUCCUGGCCACGCCCGCAAAAUCACACACGUCAUGUGACCGGACUGAUGAGACGGAGGAAAGCGUCUGAUUGGCGGAGGGCAUGGAGGAAAGGUGGAGCAGCGCUAAUCUUGCUGUGAAUGCUAACAGUCACAUGACAUCACGCUUACACCUUCACUAGCAGCUUCUCAUGCUAAUUAGCAUUUCAGAUGGACAAUUAUGACAUCAUAACAUUUUAAAAUAGCCUCACGUUUACAACAGCUGCUUCCUGAUUGGUCGAGACUCUCGGUUGCGUGACGGAACACGUGAACUCUGAUGAAUUAGACUGAACGUGUCGAUCAGAUCUGCUGAGCUGGACAUGCUAAUGCCACCUUAAACACUAAUAUCUCACUGUUAGCAUAGCUGCUACCUUAAGUAAGACAUUAGCACGCUAUGCUAGGUACAUUAGCUCUGCUGUACCUACGCUGGAUGGUGUUCGGCGCGCUGAGGAGAGAUUUAGUCUGAACUGCUCUGAUGUGUGUGAUGAUGUAGAGAAUAUAAAACUGUUUAGCGCCGGCGGCUUAUAAAGAGUGAAACGUGUUAGCGUGGAUCUGAUUUAUACCGCUGCUGUAUUUCUGAUGUUCUGAUGAUGAUUUUCUGAUGUUCUGAUGAUGAUUGUACAGAUAUGAAAGUUGUUUUUGAUGUUAAAGCCCUUACAGUAAGGGUUCAGUUCUCAUUACACCACUGUACAACGUGGACAAUAAAAUAAUAAAGUGUUUUAUUAUUUUUGUA